CUGAAAGGAGCAGCCUGGUGAGUUAGCUGAACGGAGCACCAGUCAGCUGCACUGCUUCUGGAAUGGAAUGUGUUUUCCAGACAUAGCUGAGCUUAACCGGAACUCAGAACUCUGGAAGUAGUUAAGUCCUCUUAAAAAUGUCUGCACCCCUGCAGAGACUGCGCUUGGAAGUGAUUGUGCCCCUUCCCGACUCCUUUCCUUCCUCGUCAUGGGAACUACACUGUUCCCAGUGACCUCCAAGGGGAAAACCUACUGAUUUCCUAAAGCAAGCGAGGAAGACCAAAAUAGGGUUCAAGGAAGGUUGCUGAUAGACUGUGAUGAUGUCAUUCUCCAUGGCCCUGCACCUCACCGCUGUUAUCCAACUCCUGGCGCUGGUGGCCAUAUGUGACCAGGUUACAGCUGAUCGCAUCAACUUCUACAACGUCAAACCACCUGUGGAAGCCACUCCAUUCCCUAAGAGCUUCAAGUGCUUCACCUGCGAGCAAGCUGCAGACAACUACAACUGUAACCGCUGGGCUGAGGACAAGUGGUGUCCACAGAAUACACAGUUCUGUAUGACAGUGCACCACUUCACCAGUCAUGGCAAGACCAAGUUUGUGACCAAAAAGUGUGCUGCCAGGGAGGUGUGUCACGCUUCAGGCUGUAGACAUCACAGGGACAUGGGUCACACAGAGUGUGUGUCGUGCUGUGAGGGUAUGAUCUGCAACGUGGAGGUCCCCACCAACCACACCAAUGCUGUGUUUGCCAUGAGGCAUCAGGCUUACAACUCAGCCCCACCCCAGGCCCCUGUGAGGACAGCGUGGGGCUGCUGCUGGAUGACAUUACUCACCACCCUGGGCCUGGGGUUGACCAGACUGGUCCUACUGUGACACUGCUGUCCCUCAGAGCAUGUCCCCAUAGAGGGGACCAGACUAUACCAGACCAGCAUGUUCCUCUGAACAUGGAGGAUGUGUGUUGUUACAAGUGUGGUGGUAAUCUGUGUUAAAGAUGUCACAUAGAUCAAUCGAACAAUCACGAAGGACUACAGUAGUGUCCUAAUGAAUGAUGCUUGGUUUGUUAACAUUGGUUGCAUCUACAUAAGCCAAUGGGACUGGAGAAAGCAUCCAUGGAAUCAAUAGAAUUGGACAAAGACCAAUGGUCAGUUGAUCUAUAGAAUUGGAUGUAGCUUGCCAGCUAGUGGAGUUGGCAAGCAGAGGAGUUAGCCGGGAAGGGUUCAAGGAGGAUCAUGCCCAUCAUAAGUCUAAUGUCCAUUGCUGAUUCAAAGAUGGAUGCCCAGUGACCGAUCCUUCAAUCAGCCCUGGCCAGAGCCCAAAACUACUAUACGGAGCAUGCCGAAUGAGAGGCUGGAACCUGGAGACUUUAAAUGUUCCACAGAACAUUCCCUAGGAUUAUUCAUGGUCCUGAGAAUGUUAAUCGUGUGUUCUCUGUGGGAUUUUGCAGCACUGCAGUGCACACAUGGCCCAGGAAUGACUGGACACAUAGGCAUGCCCCAUGCCCAUUGGAUCAGGGAGAACUUUGGGAGAUGAUGAUAGACAUGGAAUCUGGCGUAAAUGUAUUAGUACUUGAUCCAUAGUAUGGCACAAAAUGAAAGCAUUUUGCACUUGAAUGGUUUGUUAAGAAAUAUUGUUGCUUGUAUUUUUGUUAGCAUAACUUGUGAAUAUCCUUAAAUAAAAUGGAAAGAACUAUA